CUCAUCUAAAUAGUAAAUACUUGCAUUUAUACAAAUUUUCUAGCUAUAGCAUUACUAUCAUUAAACUUACACAACACCGUUAAUAUUUUCAUUCUCUUUCUCUCUCAACAUGUUUCUCCAAAUUUGAAGUUUUGAAUACCGUUUUGGUAUCUGUCACUCUGUCUUCCUGCUCUGCCUUCUGCAUUUACAAAACCAUAUUUUUCAGUGCAGUACAUAACUGAAUCAUAAUAAAUCCUUCAUUAUUAUUCAUUUUUCUUUUUACAUUUUUUUCUUUCUCAAACUACAAAAUGGAAACUCAAAAUCUCACAAUAGAUGAUACCUUAUUAUUAUCUGAUAUUUUCAAUGAAAAAGAGUUUGCAGGAGAAGAUCUCUUCUCCAUUUUGGGAAACCUAGAAAACUUGAAUGAUUUUCCUAUCGUUACCAAUGAGCAAAACUCCAAAACUUCCUUAACUACUCCACAAGAUUCUGAAACUGAACCAUCACAGAAAUGCAAGAGACAGAAGGUUGCUCCGAGUUCAGUUGUCGAUGAACCAAACAGCGACGGACAGCAUCGAAUUUCGCAUAUCACCGUCGAGCGAAAUCGGAGAAAGCAAAUGAAUGAGCAGUUGUCGAUCUUGAAGUCACUCAUGCCUUGCUUUUAUGUCAAACGUGGAGAUCAAGCAUCGAUAAUCGAAGGUGUAAUCGAUUACAUCAACGAGUUACAUCAACUACUACAAUGCCUAGAGUCCAAGAAACAAAGAAAAGUUUACAAUGAAGUACUAAGUCCAAGACUAUUAGUUUCAAGUCCAAGGCCUUCACCACUAAUAAGUCCAACAACUCCGCAUUCACAACAAUGGUUGCAACAUUACGGUGCUCAUCGAUCGUCUGAACCUUCUCCUACUUCUUCAGCUUCUUCCAUCAACGACAACAUCAACGAGCUUGUUGCGAAUUCGACCUCCUCGGUUGCUGAUGUUGAGGUUAAGUUUUGUGGCUCACAUUUACUUUUGAAAACCGUUUCCUCGCGAAUUCCCGGGCAGGUUUUCAGAAUAAUAUCUGCCCUAGAAGAUCUUGCACUUGAGAUUGUUCAUGUUAGUGUUAGUACUUCUGACGAAACCAUGUUAAACUCGUUCACUAUUAAGAUUGGAAUUGAAUGCCAACUCAGUGCUGAAGAACUUGCUCAACAUAUCCAACAAACAUUUUGUUAAGGAAAGGUUAUUAACAUCCAGAGACAAGACCAAGAAUCAGAAAUAUCCAUUUUCUUUUUAUUUGUCACUGUUUUUGUACCUUUCUGCAAGACAGUGGAGCAAUAGCAUUUUUAAUUUAUUGUGUUUUUUUUCUCUCUAUUAAUUGACUAUAGUCAGUACUCAGUACUGCUAGUGUAAUUGAUCAUGAUUUGCCUUAUUUUGGCAUUUUGUUGUGUGAUUUUGUUGUAACUAACCAUUUUCA